GGGGCGGCUGAGAAGGGAGAAUGGCGGAGGCUGGGGCUCAGGAGUAUGGAAGAAAGCGUGGGUGGUUGGCUGUGCGUGGACUCUCAGAGCACCCUUACCCUUAGCGUAGAUCUGGACCCAAGGCCCGGUGGCUAAUAAAUACUUAAUUGGGAAAUUAAUUAGGAAAGAAGGAAUGGUUUAAUUUUCAUGCUCCUAAGAAAGUGAAAUGUCAGUGCCUGAUUCUAAUACCUUGUGAUCGAGACCUUCAUCUUUCCAGUCUGGGAGGUAGCUGGGCGAACAUUCUUCAAAUGAGACCUGCGAGGUUUUCCUGCGCCCGUUUGAACCACCUACAGGGCUGGGGAGAGACGCUAGAGCCCUGGUUCCUGGGGUAUUGACGCUCCAGCACUGGGGUGCUGCUGUCCGGAGAGCCCAUGGUGAUGCAGCUAAUAGUCGCUAUGGUACCUUCAAGUCCAAACACCACCCAGGAAAGGAGGUGGGAGGACGAGAUCUGGAUCCAUCGAUCCCCUUUUUCUCUCAGUGCGUUGAGAUGAUGUCAUAUGGAUGGCAUUUAGGUAGCUCCACGAUUGAUUUUUCCCAGACUUGCAUUCUACUUAAUUACAAAGGGCUUGAGCCAGUGACAGUCCAGGAAUGGGUGAACUACCUAUCUCCCACCACCAGCAGCACUAGGGCCAAGUUACCCUCUAUGGAAUCCACAUUUGUAUUGAACUAUGGCUGGCACAGUGCUCGGAGUGGGGGCUGGCGUGUUCAUCUUAGCCCUGCUCUGGGUGUUAGUGCUGCUGCUGUGUGUGCUGCUGUCCAGAGCGUCCGGUGUAGCGAGGUUCUCUGUCAUUUUUGUAUUCCUCGGUGCUCUGAUCAUCACAUCAGUUCUGCUGGUCUUCCCUCGAGCCAGUGAAGUCCCAGCCCCAGAGGUCGAAAUGAAGAUUGUGGAUUCCUUUUUCAUUGGCCGCUAUGUCCUGCUGGCUUUCCUCACUGCUGUCUUCCUUGGAGGCCUCUUUUUGGUUCUCAUUCAUCAUAUCCUGGAGCCAAUCUAUGCCAAACCACUGCGGUCCUACUGAGCACUAUUCAAGAAAGCCAAGACCUGUUCUGUCCUUCGCUUUUGAUGUCAUUAAUGAGCAGAAAGGUACUGUUCAGAGCCUUGUUUUGACAGCCUUCAUGCCUUAAGAUCAGAGAAAUAUCCAUUCAUGACUAGGAUAAAUCUCUUGAAUCCUGGAUUCCAAAAAUGGGGUUGCAAAAUUGGCCCUGCAGAGGCGAUUCUCACCAUCUUCCGAGGGAUACUGCUAUCUUCUUAGCACUUGUUCCUCAGGUUUUCUGUUUUGACAGGGAAAUAAAGAUAGUGAUGUGCUUCUGGUAGAUUUUCAAUCAAGACAUCAUUAAGUGGAUUUUGGGAAAAGGAGCACUUUGGCUUCCCCUGUCCAGUAGACAGAAGAAUCUCAUCCUUUUGAUAAUACACAAGAUUCUUAGUUACAAGGUUGGGAUCAUUUGGAAAGGAAAGGCACUCCAAGUUCGAAAGCUUAUUUUAAUGUGAUGAGUUGGAAGACUUACCCAGAUGUUGGUUGUUGACCAGUGUGCAUAUGGUGUCACAGAAUCUAUACAAGCAAUGGGUGUCAUUUCUCUCUGCUAUAAUAAAGCAAUAAACAACCGAAGGACCGACUUUCA